UAUUUGCUCCAAUACGAGAGAAAGAGAAAGAGAGUUAAAUCAGUAUAGGAGCGGUAAUUACUGCUUAAAAAUCGAGAAAACAAAUAUAAUAUAUACGUGAUGCGUGACGAUAUCAGGAGUAGAAAAAACCAUACUUUAUAGGAACACUUAAAGGUGGAGUACAAAUAAAAAUAUAAAUAAAAAAAUUUCAAGUAGUUUAACGAGUUUCUUGGCUAUGUAUCGUCAGCUUUACUCAUACUUACGACUUGUAGUUUCGUCGAUAGUCGAUACCCGUGGCUUUGGAGAGUAACACAGUGGCCCGGUCGCGUGUCCCCGUUGAGGAAUCCUCUCUUUGUACAUCGGAGGGACCUCAGCGGGUUAUUUAUUAGCUUUGAAUAAUAAUUUUCCAUAAAUAAUACAUAUUCUUCAGCGUCAAGUGUGUGGUGCUGUAGAGGUGUAAGGGAUGAAGGCCGGGGGGAUAAUUCAGGUGACGAUCUAAGAUCAGAAAUGUUGAAAUUUGGAAGCAAAAACGACGUUACAGUGGUGCAUCGCGCCACUAUUCGAUUGCUCGACGACGCCGAAAUUAUCCACUGUGACUUUCAGCCCCAACACAAAGGAAAGUACAUUUUGGAAUAUGUAUGUAAGCAGCUUAACAUCAUUGAGACAGAUUACUUUGGAUUACGUUAUGUGGAUCACUGUAGACAACGACAUUGGUUGGAUUUGGCUAAAACGGUGAUAAAACAAGUGAAAGAUAUGGAGUCAAUACUAUUCAGCUUUCGUGUCAAAUUCUACCCCCCGGAUCCCCUGAGGCUGAAGGAAGAGAUUACCAAAUAUCAAAUUUAUCAACAACUAAAGAGGGAUCUACUCCACGGGCGUCUAUAUUGCAGUCCUGGGGAAGCCGCGCUGCUGGCAGCGUGCAUCCUGCACAACGAACUUGGCGAGUACGAUCCGGACAUCCACGUGGGCAAUUACAUGUCGGAGCACAAGAUUUUGCUGAAGCAGACCGAGGCUAUCGAGGAGAAAGCAAUGGAGAUACAUCAAACUCAACUAAAAGGCUUUACUGCAGAACAAGCAGAGACACAUUUUCUUAGGCUGGCAUCGCAACUCGAUACUUAUGCAGUUGAUCCCCAUCCUGUCAAGGAUCAUAAAGGGACACAAUUGUAUCUUGGCAUCAAUCAUCAUGGUAUUCUAACUUUCCAAGGGUCUCGUCAAACAAAUCACUUCCGUUGGUCCGAAGUUCAAAAAAUAAAUUAUGAAGGCAAAAUGUUUAUAGUUCAUCUGACAAUCAAUGAGAAAAAACACACCGUCGGCUUCAAGUGUCCGACUGGAUCUAACUGUCGUCAUGUAUGGAGAUGUGCUAUUGAACAGAUGCUAUUCUUCACGUUGCCCAGAGCUUCAGACGCGCCAGUUGUGAGCGGAGGAUCUAUAUUCUCGUGGGGUACAAAGUUUAAAUAUACUGGAAGAACAGAGAGAGAAGUGUUGGAGGAAACUGCUGCGGUAGCUGCAGGUUCCGAAGAAGCAUCAUCGCUUAAAGGAAAAGGAGACGGAUCAGCUCAACGUUGUCAAACAGCCGGAUUACGAAGAAAAGCUAGUAGUGUUCCAGCAACACCAAGUACACCAAGUCAAGAUCUUAUUGAAAUCAGAUAUUCAAGUCUGCCAAGAAGCUGUCACAGCGCGGGUUUAGACGGUGCUGGAAUGGCAGACGCUGGAGGAACUGGCGGCGUUCCCCUUAGUUCCCCUUAUUGCCCUGACAAUACAUUACCACUAUUGGAGACUGUAUCAGAGGACCAAGAAAUUUAUGCCAAGAGAAAUAACGCUGUAGACGAAAAUGAAUCGCAUGCGAGUGCCACCCACACCACAUCCACCACAAAUCUACAACUGAAAAACGUGAAAUCAAAAAGCUCAGGAAGACCCCAAAAAUACAGUCAAAAAAUAAUCAUAGGAUCUGAGGAACUUGUUGGGAAAAAUAUCGAUAUGGUUGUUCGAGAAAAAAUCAAUUCCUUGGAGAAGAGUCCUAAAAUAAUCAAAUCUACUGCAAUAAUAAUUAAGUCAUCACGUACACCUGUAAAAUCAUUACAAAAAUUAACUCAACCUUUCAAUGAAUUACACAAAUCACCUCAAGUAAUAGUCAAAUCAAGAUGUAAUGAUCUCAAGUCUUUUGAAGAUAAAAAACAAUUACAGAUUACAACGAAAUCUUGUGAAAAUCUUCAAGAAAAAAAAGAAAACUCACCGAUAUUAUUAAUGAAGAGGAGUUCAUCUUCUAUAGAAAAUGAAAGCAUGGAAAUAAAUUCAAAGCUAGCUAAUGGUUCAGUAAUAAGUUCAAGAACCAGAAAUGGACCAAUGGCAUUUGCAAUGGCAAUUGCAGCUGCGGCUGUUGCAGCAACGAAUUCUUCAGCUUGUGCAAACACUUGUAAAGACCUGCCAUCAGUUAAAGCUGAUAAAGGUCAAAUGGGUGACGGAGAAAACAACGACUAUUUCUUCAGAGAUUCCUUUGAUCAUUCAUCAUCAGAAAGUCAACUUGUAGAUGGUUUAGGAAAGUCUCAAAGUAGAUCAGUAACUCCAGUACCAAAAAUGCAAAAAUUACAAAAUUCUAAACUUUGUUUACAACCAGUAGGAUCAAGAUCAAUAGCAGGAAGAUCGAAAACUUUACGUAGUGUGCGAUUUAUACGAUUAUUUAUUUCUGCAUUUGUUCUCACUGUUACAAUGUUAUUUAUCGUUGUCAUUAUCAUCUUUGAGACAGAUUCUACUGUAUUUGACAGUAUUCGUAAAUCACCAGAAAUGAUCGCUUUCAAGAGUCAAUAUUAUGUAUCUAUCAAGGAAUUCCUCAGGACCAAACUUGGCCUAUUCUGAUUAUUAAAUCGGCCAAUUACUAAAUCGUUUUUGAUCUUAUUUCUCAAAUAAAACCUCUUGUUUGAAUGAUUAAAUAAAAAUGAAAAAUUAAGUUCAAACUUAGAAAAUUAAAUCUAAAAACCAAAGUAAACUUGAAAGUGCCAAGUUAAAAGCCAAGGAAAGUAAUAAAAACAAAACUACUGUAAAAUUUCCAUUCGACAAGCCAGAGUAUAGUUUUUGCGUGAAUUUCGUUUAUCCAUAAAUUUUCAAAGAUCUUUAAUUCGUGUAAAUUAUAAGGUAAGGCCUAUCAUCACUGAUGGAUUUUCAUGUAAAACAAAUAGAUAUUGAUACAAGAAUACUUCCUACCACUGUGGAAUCACGAAGAAAAAAUAAUAAAAAUAAGUAAAAAAAAAAGAUAGUAAAA